UGUAAACUCAUUCGCAGCAGAGAGACCUAAGAGAGCCAACCAUCCCCCCUUUUACUUAACUGGAUCCGAUGCAGGCACUAAGUGCAGAUCUAAGGGUGCCAGAGCCCACUCCAGAAAAUGAUGGCAUUUCUGAAGGCCUCAAGAGAAGCCACCAAAACAAUGUGGUUCUUGAGAAGUUUGCCCAAAACAUUACAGAGAACAUAAUCCAGUCGUUUAUAAGCCAAAUGGAAAUGGUGGAACCAGAGGUGGACUGUGUGGUGUCCGGAUUUAAUCAAAACCAGGAGAUGUUGGCUGAAGAGUUAGCCUCAGCAGUGAUAGAGGUUGCUCUGAGGGAGGUGUGUAACAGUCAAAACAUGGAGGACCAUCUGGAGGGUUUCCAGAGUUCAAGACCUUUUAUGAAUGAUUCUGAGAGUGAAAUAGACUUUUUGGGCAUGGACUCAGAGACGGAGCCAGGCAAAGAAACCCAGACUUCCAAAGACACACAGCCCUGCUACCCACCUCUGUCCCAAUCAGGGCUACCUGUCAUGGGAUCCCUGGACUACCCAGACGCCCCUCCAACCACGCCUCUCCUCCCUGAGCUUGAGAGGAGCAGGAACAGUUUUGCCAGGAAGCUAAAAGGAGGCUUGGCAAAGGUUUUUCUGCCUUCACCGCCUCCGCCAACCCCAAAGGACGAAGACCCCCACUCAGACAGUGCCAUUACGGACCCCAGGGUGGAGUUAAUGGAGCACCUGAUGCACUCACUGCCCACAGAUGAUUUGGCAAGAGACUCUCUUGAAGUAGGAACUCACCAUGGAGACAAUAUGGAGGCUUUUGCGGAGGCUCUUUCAUGCGAUAUCCUCGACUGGGUCUUGAGUGGCAGAAACAAACAGCAAAUACCAGAUAGCAAUCUUCACCUACUAGCCCACCAACUGGCUGAAACCAUCAUCACCUCCUCUCUUGAUGAAGCUAAAAUAUCUUUCUAGUGUUUUAAUGAGGUACACACACUCGAAAGAACAAAAAUAUUGAGACCCACCCACACGUUGCCUCCUGCCUGACAUUUUCAUUAAAGUGUGGUUUACUGCAAUAAUAUUGUUCAAGAAUCUGAAGCUAAUUUUGUUCUUUUGUUCUAAAUUUAUUUCUCAAUAAAGUUCAGUCAAAGCUCAUCCAGAUGAA